AUGAUGCAGCCACCGAGAGCUCUUCAAUCCGGGCUAGACAUUGAUUGGGUCUUCUCUGAGUCCUGCAUAAUCACCUGGGAAGAAGAAAAUUCCGAGCCAAAGCAUCUGGGACUUGGGACUCAGCCAGUAACAUUGUGGUUUGGCACCAAGCAGGCAGAUCAUCUAUGGAUUAUCUUGCUGCAAAGAACCAUCAACCUAAAGAUAUCUGACAGAUCUGUUCCUUUCGAAUUCUUCCUCUUUGUCGAUCCCCGUUCUGUCCUGUUCGAGAAGAGUCUCACCCCUCUACCCUCAGAUUUGCCUAGCCAGCUACUAGAAGCACACUCGGCGAAAGCUGCUCAAGGCUGGCUCAGUGCUUCUGUCCACCAAGAUAGGCAGCCAUAUUCUGGCCGUGUCCUUAUGCAGACGCACGAGCCUAAUGGUAAGUCUUGGGAAGGCAUGCCCCUAUAUCGUCUUGAGGAGUUUGAGUCACUCUCUAAUAUUCCUGUAUUCAACAUCUUCAUGAUCAAUAAGAAGACUGUCCGGAAGUUUGUCAACAGACUUCAGCAUGAGCUACCCAAGACUCUCGCUCCUAUAUACAUCAACCUGCGUGCGAUAUACGAAGGACGAGGCGGCGCUUGGGAUGCAUGGGAGCUAUACAAACACAAGUUAGCCUCCCUUCCAGAUCCUUUAGACGGUACAGGUGUUUCUAUCGCCCUUGAAACUCCGCCUUGCGAAUCUCCAACAUUGGAUCAAGCUGCUCCGCCAAUCUAUAGCAAAACAGAUCCGAAUGCGACUUGUACUCCCCAGAAUCCAUCAACCCCUCCUACGGUCAAGCGCCCCCACAAUGCUCAAGAGGAGGGUUCGAAGCGAAAGAAGAUCAGGAGUGAUAGAGAAUUGCAAUGGGCAUGGCACAACGCCAAGUACCCUUUGGGUUCGCCAACUGAGGAAAACACUCCUAGCUCUACAUGUGGGCGACUGUCCCAGCAGUCCACAGUAGACGACCGUACCACACAUGAGAUCCAACCAAGACAAGGAUAUAGGGACCAUUCAGGACAAGAGGAAGAGGUCGCUCAAGGCGCUCAAUCUUCCAUUAAUAUCUCGGACCCUGAUCGGGCUACUCAGGACCACUCCCCACUGUAUACCGGUUCUUCAACGUCAACCGGAUCACUGAACCAAAUCAACAUCAAGCCAACUAUAUUCACCAGGAGAACCUCCUCAACCAUCACUCUUACGCUCUCAGAACUGGAGAGUCUCGUCUCGAACACCAUACGAGCUCAAAUCCCCCUGAUCGCUGCUAGAGUACAAACUCAUAACCUUACCUCUGAAUUGACGGCUUGGGCACAGCCCUCGAUCUCAGACUACAUAGCUACUCACAUGCCUGCUAUCAUGUACGAAGCGGUCGCUGCCCAUGUCUCCGACGUCAAUGACGAAUUCGAACAUGCUUCUGCAGCACUGCAAGAAACAAAGGAUGAUGCAAUCACUGAGAUACGGUCAGCAGAGCAGUCAGGGGUUCAGGAGGUGCACAUGGAGUCGCAGGUCGCUAUUGACGACCUUCAAGAACAGUCGCAACGACUCUCAGAGGCUCUCAUUGACAAGUGUACGGAGUUGGAGGACCGAUUAGAUGCAAGAUCGGCUCAUUUGGUACCCCCUGAGUAUUUGAGACAACCUCCUGUCGGGGUCAAUAACACCAAGGAAGCUGUCAAAGUAUUUGAGCGCUUCUACAGGGAUCGUCUCACUCCCGAGGAGCAAGUCAGAGUUUUGCUCAGUAUUGCGAAGUUCGGCAAUGCUGAGGUCUUCAUGGCUGCUGGCUUGGAGAGUCGGAAGAUGCUUGUAGCCCACUGGUCUGGCAGAAAGAACUAG